UCCUCACGUGUGAAAGUCAACGCUAACGGUAACACCAAGCCAACACUGACAUUGGCAAAUUCACCCUGUGCAAAUUGGCAGGGAGUAAAAGCCAAAGAAAAAAAAAAAUACUCAAUACUGUGCUUGCAUUGCACCAUCUGAACUUACAUAUUUUUCAGUUUUUUCAGGAUUUAUUAAAUUUUAAUCGUGUUCAGUAGCAUUCAUUUAUUUAGCUUAGUAACAUAUCUAAGCUUUUUUCAUAAAAUCAUGUAUUACAGCUACUACUAGCUAGUAACAGACAGCCAGUUUAAACGUACCCCUAUUGUUUAUUUUCAUUUAUUUAUGCUACAAGACCAAACUGUGAAUUAAUUAUAAAAAUAUAUAAGUAUGUACAUAGUGUGUGGGUCAAACUUACAUGGACAGUGGUUUCAUACAAAUCCUGUGCUAAAUGAAUUUCAACAAGUGUCCGUGAAAGACUGUGAAUACAGCAAUUACGAUAUUGAUAUAAAUGAAAUCAAAUUUAUCCAUAUUGGCUGGUCCUACAAUUUGUUACAACAUAAAAAUACAUUUUAUUUAAUCGGAUCAUUUAAUGGAAAAAAUAAAGAGCUAGUUAAGCUACCUUUACCAACAAAAGUUAUACCAAACAAUAAAUUAUUGCUGUCUGGAAAUGAAUACAAUUUAUUUCUCUUUGAGAUCCAGUCACAUACAAUGUGGGUGGUCAAUCUGGAAAACAUAGAAAAUGUUAAGAUUAUAAAUAUGAAGACAGAAAUUCCAAGUACAAUUAAACGGUAUAAAGAAGAUGAUCCAAUUGUUAAAGUUUGUACUUCAAACUAUAAUUUCAUUUGUUUAACAGCAGAAGGAGCUGUUUAUAGUGGAAUAUUACCUGGACCCUUAGAUGUCUCCCACUGCUUUGGCAAAGUUUGUGAUGUACAAUGUGGAUAUGAGCAUUAUCUGCUGCUUACUGAUAAAGGCAGGGUAUACUCAUGGGGAAAUGGAAGGAGGCUGCAGCUUGGUCAUGGAGAUCUUAACAGUAUUGACUCUCCCAAAGAAUUAGAAGCUCUCAGUGGUAUUCACAUAACUAUGAUAAGUGCUGGUGGUUGGCAUUCCUUAGCAUUAAGUGAAUCAGGAGACCUAUAUGCUUGGGGAUGGAAUGAAACUGGACAGUUAGGAAUAAAAGAGACAGAGCCAGUUAACAAUGACCUACAAAAAGUACAUCAAGAUGGCCCCAACAGCUAUGGUCAUCCCACUUUAGUUGACAUCUUCAAUGAAAAUGGUGAUAUAUGUGAUACUAAUGUAAAAUACAUAUCGUGUGGCAAUUUGCAUUCUGCAAUAAUAUUAGAUGAUAAUACUGUGUGGACAGCAGGCUGCAAUAAUUAUGGACAGUUAGGAUUUGCAAUAGAGACCACAAAACAAAAUGUUUUUUUUCAGAAGGCAUAUCAGUGUUUAGAAAAUUCUUUGAUAAAAUGUGGGCCUUGGGUAACUGUAAUUUAUUCAUAUUCAUAACUUUCAUAAGGACCCAUUCAGGAUAUGCGCCCAUGGGCGACAAAGUCUCUCGACAGCUUAUUUGUCGCUCACAUCUAGUCUAUGAGGAUGGGAUAGUAUAUACCUGCCUGUGUGUGGUGUGUGCACUUUCAAUACUUUCAUACUAGCCCAUAGACUAGAUGUGAGCGACAAAAAAGUCGUCGCGAGACUUUGUCGCCCGUGGUCGCACAUUGGCGUCUGCACUUGCAUAGUUACGUUAUGGCCGCUGUACAGAUGUGGCCAACGGUUCCACCAACCCUUGGUGGAACCCCUUGGCCAAGAUAAGAGCCGCUGUUUACACAUUGGCGAACCAAUCACUUGGCAUUGGCUCUUCA